UUUUAGUUUUCAUUUUCCUAAAAAGAAAGAGAAAUGUUGUGUGUCUGUGUCCGUCUCUGACAGUCUGACAUCUUUAGCUCACUCAUCACUCACCACCUUUACCUCACUUUCGUCUGUGUCUUUAAGCUAAGGCUGCUUUCUCUUUUCGUGAAUGGAUUCUCGAGCUUACCUCUUACCCCAGGAUGAUCCUUAACCUGUUCAUGUCACGUCUCCCGUUUAGUUUGGUUUGCCCAUUAUCUACCUCUCGUUUCUUUUGAUUUCUACUAUUAUCAAUCUGAUUUUAGAUUUAGUACGCGUUUUACUUAACUAUCUUACCUCAUCAUCUUGAACAAUCCCAAAUAUUUUCUUUUUAUUUUUUUUUAUUUUUUUAUUUUUUUCAAGAAUCCAUCCUAAUCCUGGAAUUUAGAUAGCUGUUCUUUGAGCUGUAAAACCAGAUUCUAAGUGCCUUUUCCACUUUACCUUAUCGGGUUCUAUUUGAAACUCUUGUAGUACCCUAACAAUCAUGGGUAUCAUUCCAUUUGUGCUUUGGUAUUGGAUUCAACUAUAAAAGCUCUUGCUUUUCUCUUGUACUAGUUAUAUUUCUUAGAUCAGCUCUUCACGUUUCCUUUUCUUGCUCCGUUUGGGUAUUCAUAUAUCAAGUAGAUUUGAGCUUCCACUCCCUCUUGGCUUGUUUUGGGGUUCUCUGUUUACUGGAAACUGCAUAUAUAGUGAAAUCUCUUUGCUUGUUUCAUGCUAUUUUCUAGUUUCGUUCCAGUUGAACCAGAGCCAUCUUUAGCUUAAAAAUUCUUAACUUCGUUUGCAUUUGGGUAUUUUGCAUAGACUGGCUACCAGAUUUGAGAAAGAUCAUGGGGUGCCUUUCAUUGCCUACUAUUGGUUUGGUUUUAUUGUGUUCAAUGGUGUGCACGGUGAGUGGUAUUGGUGCCAACUGGGGCACACAGACCAGUCACCCUCUGCCUCCAGAUACAGUAGUGAGGCUGCUGAGGGAAAAUGGGUUUAGAAAGGUUAAGCUUUUCGAUGCGGAUUAUGGGGCAUUGAGAGCUCUGGGUAAAUCUGGGAUUGAGGUCAUGGUAGGGAUUCCUAAUGAUAUGCUUCAAUCUCUUGCCAGCAGCAUGAAGGCUGCCGAGAAAUGGGUUGCCAAAAAUGUCUCCACACAUAUCACCACCAAUAAUGUCGAUAUCAGGUAUGUUGCAGUUGGAAAUGAACCGUUCUUGUCGACAUACAAUGGAAGCUUCCUCAGAACAACCUUCCCUGCUCUGCAGAAUGUCCAAUCUGCCUUGAUAAAAGCUGGUCUUAGCAAUAGAGUGAAGGUGACAAUCCCCCUUAAUGCUGAUGUGUAUGCAAGCUCAACUGACCUUCCUUCUGGCGGUGACUUCCGUGCUGAUAUCCAUGACCUUAUGCUUGCCAUUGUCAAGUUCUUGAAUGACAAUGGUGGUCCCUUCACAGUGAACAUCUAUCCAUUUAUAAGCCUCUACACUGACGCCAACUUCCCUGUUGAGUAUGCCUUCUUUGAUGGCAACGCAUCACCUGUAAUGGAUGGUGGGACGACGUACUACAAUAUGUUUGAUGCAAAUUAUGACACUCUUGUGUGGGCCCUCCAAAAGAAUGGGUAUGGAAAUUUGCAAAUCAUAGUUGGAGAGAUUGGGUGGCCGACUGAUGGAGAUCAGAAUGCUAACAAUGUGUAUGCUCAGCGGUUCAACCAGGGCUUCAUGUCCCAUAUAUCCGGUCAGAAAGGGACCCCAAUGAGACCUGCGGUGCAGGUUGAUGCAUAUUUAUUUAGUUUGAUUGAUGAGGAUACUAAAAGUAUUGAUCCAGGAAAUUUUGAACGCCAUUGGGGAAUAUUUACGUAUGAUGGGCAAUCAAAAUACCCGCUUAAUCUUGGUACCACAAACUCAGGAUCCUUGGUGUCUGCAAAAAAUAUACACUAUUUGGACCGCAAGUGGUGUGUGAUGAAGCCAUCUGCUAAACUUGAUGACCCUCAAGUGCAACUAAGUGUGAGCUAUGCUUGUGCACUUGCUGAUUGCACGAGCCUUGGAUAUGGGACAUCUUGUGGCAAUCUAGAUGCUCGGGGAAACAUCUCAUACGCAUUUAAUAGUUACUACCAGAAGAAUAAUCAACUUGAUGGCGCUUGCAAGUUUCCCAACCUUUCAAUGAUCACCAAAUCAGAUCCAACAGUUGGCAAUUGCCGAUUUGGGAUAACAAUGGAGCCAUAUUAUGGAGGUGCAGAAAGGAUACUUGGGUGUCUCCAAAAGCCAUUGAGUUUGGUUUUUGGCCUUAUUCUCUGUUUGCUAACAAUUCUGUGAAUUCUAAGCUUCUAGUUCCCGAGCGUGGUGGCAUGGACUUGCACAAUGGUGCACAAUUGAGUAAUGCACCCAAAUGGAUAAGGGGAGCAAAUGUCAUCGGGCAGUCUAUAGUUUGAUCACAUGGCUUCAUUGUCCAGAAAAUUUGCAUUGUCUCAACUGUUAGUGACAACAUUGUUCUGAGCAUUUCGGCAGCCAAGACUAGUAGUAAUAAAAAAGAUUGUAGCAUGGAUUGCUUAACAAUAAUAAUUGAAGCAGUCGCAAGACAUUAGUCUACUUAACAAACAUUGUAAUUA